GAGAACUAUUUCCCACCCCCUACCCGGACGAGCGCAGUUCGAGGCUAGUCCCUGGAGCAUGCGCAGAAACACCUCGCCCUCACCCCUCCCCACACCCCCACCGGGUUCCUGCAUUGAGCCCAGGGUUCGCAGCCGCAGCCGGGAUCCGGUACCCGGGGGCGUGCUGGCGGCGGCGGGCACGGGAGGGCCAUGGCUGAGGGUGAUAAUAUGCAGACCUUCACUUCCAUCAUGGAUGCACUGGUCCGCAUCAGUACGAGCAUGAAGAACAUGGAGAAGGAACUCCUGUGCCCAGUGUGUCAAGAGAUGUACAAACAGCCACUGGUGCUGCCCUGUACCCACAACGUAUGCCAGGCCUGUGCCCGGGAGGUGCUGAGCCAGCAGGGCUACCUAGGCCAUGGUGGGGACCCCAACUCCGAGCCUACCUCUCCUGCUUCUACCCCUUCCACCCGCAGCCCCCGCCUUUCCCGAAGAACUCUCCCCAAGUCAGACCGCCUGGACCGAAUGCUUAAGUCAGGCUUUGGGACAUACCCUGGGCGGAAACGAGGCGCUUUGCACCCCCAGGUGAUCAUGUUCCCGUGCCCAGCCUGCCAGGGUGAUGUGGAGCUGGGGGAGCGGGGCCUGGCAGGCCUUUUCCGGAACCUGACUCUGGAGCGUGUGGUGGAGCGGUACCGCCAGAGUGUGAGUGUAGGUGGUGCCAUCCUGUGCCAGCUGUGCAAACCCCCUCCACUCGAGGCCACCAAGGGCUGUACCGAGUGCCGCGCCACCUUCUGCAACGAGUGCUUCAAGCUCUUUCACCCCUGGGGCACCCAGAAGGCCCAGCAUGAGCCCACCCUGCCCACCCUCUCCUUCCGUCCCAAGGGCCUGAUGUGCCCAGACCACAAGGAAGAAGUGACCCACUACUGCAAAACGUGCCAGCGGCUAGUGUGCCAACUCUGCCGUGUGCGGCGUACCCACAGUGGGCACAAGAUCACACCAGUGCUCAGUGCCUACCAGGCCCUCAAGGACAAGCUGACAAAGAGCCUGACAUACAUCCUGGGAAACCAGGACACGGUACAGACCCAGAUCUGUGAGCUGGAGGAGACCGUGAGGCACACCGAGGUGAGCGGUCAGCAGGCCAGGGAAGAGGUGUCCCAGUUGGUGCGAGGGCUGGGGGCUGUGCUGGAGGAGAAGCGGGCGUCGCUGCUUCGGGCCAUUGAGGAAUGCCAGCAGGAGCGGCUGGCCCGGCUCAGUGCCCAGAUCCAGGAGCACCGAAGCCUGCUGGAUGGCUCAGGUCUGGUGGGCUAUGCCCAGGAGGUGCUCAAGGAAACGGACCACCCUUGCUUUGUGCAAGCGGCAAAGCAGCUGCAUCACAGGAUUGCCCGAGCAACUGAGGCCCUCCAGACCUUCCGGCCAGCUGUGAGCUCCUCCUUCCGCCAUUGCCAGCUGGAUGUGGGGCGUGAGAUGAAGCUACUGACGGAGCUUAACUUCCUGCGAGUGCCUGAGGCGCCUGUCAUUGACACCCAGCGCACCUUUGCCUACGACCAGAUCUUCCUGUGCUGGCGGCUGCCCCCCCACUCGCCACCUGCCUGGCACUACACCAUUGAGUUCCGGCGCACAGAUGUGCCCGCCCAGCCGGGCCCCACCCGCUGGCAGCGGCGGGAGGAGGUGAGGGGCACCAGCGCCCUGCUGGAGAACCCCGACACGGGCUCCGUGUACGUGCUGCGUGUCCGUGGUUGCAAUAAGGCCGGUUUUGGCGAGUACAGUGAAGACGUGCAUCUGCAUACGCCCCCAGCACCUGUCCUGCACUUUUUCCUCGAUGGCCGCUGGGGCACAAGCCGAGAGCGGCUGGCCAUCAGCAAGGACCAGCGUGCCGUUCGGAGCGUUCCAGGGCUGCCCCUGCUGCUGGCUGCUGAGCGGCUGCUGACCGGCUGCCACCUGAGUGUGGACGUGGUCCUGGGUGAUGUGGCCGUGACCCAGGGCCGCAGCUACUGGGCCUGUGCUGUGGACCCAGCCUCCUACUUGGUCAAGGUGGGCGUCGGGCUGGAGAGCAAGCUUCAGGAAAGCUUCCAGGGCGCCCCUGACGUGAUCAGCCCCAGGUACGACCCAGACAGUGGACAUGACAGCGGUGCCGAAGACGCCACAGUGGAGGCGUCGCCACCCUUCGCCUUCCUAACCAUCGGCAUGGGCAAGAUCCUGCUGGGGUCCGGGGCGAGCUCAAAUCCUGGGCUGACAGGAAGGGACGGCCCCGCAGCCAGCUGCACAGUGCCCUUGCCGCCCCGCCUGGGAAUCUGCCUGGACUACGAGAGGGGCCGUGUUUCCUUCCUGGAUGCUGUGUCCUUCCGCGGGCUCCUGGAGUGCCCCCUGGACUGCUCAGGGCCUGUGUGCCCAGCCUUCUGCUUCAUUGGGGGUGGUGCGGUACAGCUACAGGAGCCUGUAGGCACUAAGCCGGAGAGGAAGGUCACCAUCGGAGGCUUUGCCAAGCUGGACUGA